AUGCCAGCCAGCGAUGCUGCAGGGGAGAAGAAGAAAGGAGACGCAGGCGAGGAAGCAGUCGACGGCCUCCAGGUGGUGCAAGUUGAAGAUGACGAAGAAGAGAAGAAGAAGAAGCCAAGGGAGGAAGACGAAGACGAGGCCAGCCAGCAAGGGACGGCCACGCGACGGCGAGCUGCAGGGCUAGUCAGGGAAGAUGCAGGCAGAGAAGAAGAAGAGAAGAAGAAGAAGAAGAAGAAGAAGACAGAAGAUGAGAGAAGAGAAGAAGAAGAAAAAGAAGAAGAAGAGAAGAGAAGCUCUUGCUGGAGUCUUCAGUCUCUCGAGUCUCUUCUUCUUCUCUUCGUCUUCACUGCUGGUUUCUUCUCUUCUUCUCCUCCCACUGACUCUUCCACCUACUGCUCUUCUUCUGCCUGCCAUCGACUGCUCUCUCUUCCUCUCUCCCUCAGCUUCAUCUUCUCUUCUUCUUCUCUUCUUCCUUUUCUUCUUCUUCAACUUUACUUUUUCUUCUUUUUUACCUUUUUUUACUUUUUUUCUGGCUUUUUUUCUUUUUUUCGCCGUCGAUUUUUCUAUCACUCGCAGGCGCUGGACUCUCGGACUUCAAGAUAUCAAACAGACAGACAGACAGACCAAGACGCAGACGCAGACGAAGACGAAGACGAAGACGAAGACGAAGAGAGACCUCGUAUCCCUCUCUGCGGCCUCUUCAGCGACAGCCUUGACUCGCUAGCCAGCCUCGAGCAGACGACUUCUGGGAGUUUUGCGUCUGCUUCUGCCUAUAAAGCUCCCUCGCCCGCCGCCACCACCACCACCACCAACAUCUACACCCUCGAUAUAUCACUGUAUAUCACUACUAUAUCACUAUAUAUUAAUAUAUAA